AAGUCAGCAUGGAACAUGGACAACCUUUCAUCAAGCUUGAAUUGGAGAAGCAAUCAGUGUAUGGAGCGCAAACGAAUGGACUGUCCAGCAUUGCCGAAGGGGUGGAAGAGGGAGGAGGUGACGAGGAAGUCCGGGUUGUCAGCAGGAAAGUCUGAUGUAUAUUAUUACAGUCCGAGUGGUAAAAAGUUCCGAAGCAAGCCUCAACUUGCAAGAUACUUGGGAGACACAUUUGACUUGAGUUGCUUCGACUUUCGGACGGGAAAAAUGUUGUCUUCAAAAGUCAACAAGAACAAGAAAGUUGCAACAAGAGCUCUGGACUCCAACAAAAAGUAUGAUGCCAGCUUGGUGCUGCCCAUCAGACAGACAGCUUCCAUAUUUAAACAGCCGGUCACACAUGUGCGCAGUAAGGCCAACAAGGGCAGCGAGACCAGAAACGAUCCCAAAAGUGCAAAUCAGGAGCAACCCAAACAGAUGGGCCCUAAGUCUGGCACAACACCAAAGUCUGCCAGGCCUCCCCCUGCGAUCUCUGAUUCCUCCAAGUCAGAGACUGCAGAAAAGGGCAGUAGCCACCCAAUUUCACAUAUAUCCCAGUUAUUCUGGGAAAAGCGUCUUCAGGGAAUGAAUGCUUGUGACAUUGCAGAAGAAGUCAUCAAGAACAUGGAGUUACCCAAGAGCUUGGAAGGUUUGGGACCAGGCUGGAAUGAUGAGACAUUGUUACAGAGUAUUGCCUCCAGUUUGCACCUUAGUAACAACCCUAUCACAGGACAGACCACAGCACCAUCCACUGUAGAAAAGAACCCAGCCGUCUGGCUUAACACCGACCAACCCUUAAUGAAACCAUUGGUGGUAUCAGAUGAGGACAUUAGGAAACAGGAAGAGCGUGUUCGACAAGCCAGGAAACGGCUGGAGGAGGCCAUCGCUGGGAAAUAUUUACACACCAACAAACAAGCCGAGUAGUCAACAAGAGAUGCUGAGACCAACAUCCACAUUACAGACCAACAUUUCCUUGAUGGGUGUCACACAAAAGCCUCUCCACACCUUUGAUGUUGCGUUUACACCACACCUUUGUGUUCUGGUAUCCUCCAGAGGUUGAUUAGACUAUUGAACACAAAAUGGAACAAAUGCUUUGACUAGAGUAAUGCUAUUACAUGUACAUGUAGUCCUUCAUGGUAUAAUGUAAAGAAAUACAAAAAUACUGUUCAUGGAAUAACAGGAUUUUUGGGAAAUGCAUAAACAUGUUCUGCACGGAAUCAUGCUGAUACAGAAGGCUUGUGACAAAAUAUAGCAUGUACUCCUUACUGAUGUCUGUAUUUCUCAAUCAUGUUUGAUUUUAAGAUUUUGAUUUUAAGAAUUUGAAAGUCACAAAUCCUAGGGGGAAACUAUGAGUACCAACCAUUUUCUAUGUUGUGGUGCCAUGAAUACAAUAGAAAGUAAGAAAUGAAAUAUCCUAACAUUAUUUGAUGUCAGGAAGUGAGAUGGCUUGGAAAUAUCUGUUUUCUGCAGGGAACAGGUUGCUAACUGAAGAUGAAAAGGUCAAGUUUGUUUAAGAUUUAACAAGCACGUUUGACUGCAUUCAGUUAUACUCAAUGUUAUCAUGUAGUCCUAUCCAGCAGCUUCAGUACGUGUCCAUGUAUUCUGACAAAAAGAUGGGGUCCUUUUUCAGAAACCUUGUACAUCAACUUUUUAUGGUCACAUUGUACUUGUAUGAAGAAGGAAUAUUGUGAACCAUGGGUGCCAGAAGUGCAGUGCAGGUGUUAAGUUUACCACCAGCUAUGAUGAAUUCUAAGCAGAAAAGUUGAUGCAUGUCCAAAUUCUCAGGAACAAACUUGUGUAUGUGGUUAUAUCAAUGAUGAAGGCUUUUGUUGUGGGAUGUUGACAUGGGGUGGUUUCUAUGAACAACUUUAGCUUUCUCACCAGACUACAACAUACAAGGGUGUACCAGUUUUUGUAUGGAGUCUGCAGGUCAUGUUUGUGUGCACUUGAAAGAGUCAGGCCUUCAUAUUUGUAUUAUGUCAUAAUUAUGUGACUGAUAACAGGUACAAAAUCAAAUUUGAUGGACAGCUACCAGCAAAGCAGACAAGACUUGCUUUAUAGUCAUGCAAGUGCAAAUACCCUGAAUUGCCCAGGUCAUCAUGUUUUGUCAACUUCAUCAUAAUAUCACAGCAUCCUUUCUAAAAAUACUGUUUGGCAGAUGGCACCUCUGUACAGUUAUUUCUAACUCAUGUCUCAGUUUAGUCGUACAUAGGAUAUCCCUAGAUGCAUACCGUAGCACUGCCACUGACAGGUGUUAGAUAUUGCUGCAUAUAUCAGCUGUAGAUGUUGAGACAUUGGGAGCCUUGGGUAUAUUACCUGCAGGCUUGAUGUAAAGGCUGCUUGCUGAGGAAAGGGACAGGAAGAGAAGACAUUACUUGUAUAUCAAACUUUCUAUUUUUCCAGUGUUUAAACCUUGUAGUUGUAACAAUAGAUACCUGUUCUUUAAUGUUG